CAUCAAGGGAGGAGGGAAAUCUCCAAGGCAUCACUAUUCACAGGCAGCUGCCCCCAAAACCCAAGCCAAACCCCAGUCAGCCAUGCCGCCCGGCGCGACCCCCACCCUGCUCUGCCUCAGACCCCCGCAUCCCCUCUACUCCGGCCUCCGCUUCCUUCCCCCCACCGCCGCCGUCUGCCCGUUCCGCUCCAAGCCCCCAUGUUUCGCGCCGUCCCCCAGAUGCAAACCCAGCGCCACCACAACCACCACCACCAUCCAUGCUUCCGCACUCGACUCCGGUUCCUUAUUCCCCUCCUCCCCGACCCCGCCCCCGCGCCAGCCGAGGCCUUCCGCACCCGAGCCGCCCUCCACCGUGGCCCACGCGGGCCGCAGCAAGAAGGGGAAGAAGAAUCCCCAGGGCGGGGGCGGCCGCAUCGAGGGCGGCGGGGACGUGCGGCGCGAGGCCAAGGCCAAGGCCCGCGUCCGCAGCCGCCGCCUCGGGGAGAACGCCUUCUACCGCCGCAAGCGGCGCGCCGCGGCCGCAGCAGCCGCUGGCCAGGCGGACGCCUUCACCGACGCGGAGCUCGAGAUGAUCGGCAUGGGGUACGACCGCGCCGUCCGCUUCAUGGACGGGCCCGAUGACCCGCGCCUCCGCCACCGCCACGACUGGUACAAGUACGGCCGCUACGGACCAUACCACUGGCGCGGCAUCGUCGUCGGCCCGCCCAUCCGCGGCCGCUUCUCCGACGACCGCGUCUCGCUCAUGUCCGAGGUCCACGACCACGAGGAGUGGGACCGCAUCGAGCAGUUCGACAUGUCCAACCAAUUCUCGCACCGCCUCAACGAGCUCGGCGACGACGUCGGGUUCAGGUACUACUGGGUCUUCGUGCGCCACCCCAGUUGGCGCCCCGACGAGAAACCCUGGGAACAGUGGACGCUCUCGGCCGAGGUCGCCGUCCAGGCCAGCAAGGACCAGUGGCUCGACAAGUGGAACCUCAUGGGCAGGUUCGGCAACCCGACGCGCGAGCUGAUCACGCGGUGCGCGGCCUGGACGCGCCCGGACAUCAUAUAUGUCAGGCGGCCGCUGUACCAGUCGCGCUUCGAGCCACAGGAGGAUUUCUUCAGCAAGCUACGCCCAUUGGUUGACCCUGCUACGGAGAACGAGUUCUUGUUUAAUCUUGAGCAGGAUGGUCAUGUGAUUCGAACAACCUACUUCUGUGGUCUCUGCAGGAUUGUGAGGGCCAACCCAAAGGCUUAUGUUGAUGAUGUUGUGAAUGCCUACUCGAGGCUGAGCGACGUAGACAAGUCACGAUGCCUAGAGUUCCUGCUCACGAACCAUCCCAUGGAGCUCCUCCAUCCUUAUACUAAGGAAUGGAAGGUGAAGCUAGAGGAGAUGGAGCUGGGGUGUGAUGCGCCUGAUGGGAGUGAUGAUGAGGUUGGUGAUGACGAUGGAACUGAGGUUGUUGAUUGGAUUGAGGAUGAUGAGGCUGAUGAGGGUAUGGAUGAUAGAGACUAUGAUUAUGAGGAUGAGGAAGUAGUCGAUACCACAGAAGAGUUGGAACCUGAUGAAGUUGAAAAUAGUGAAGAGAGUGAGAAGUAUUGGAAUGAGCAGUGGAAGAAGGCGAUGAAAAGUUCUGAUAAAAUGGAGAAGCUGGUGAAGACGAGCAUCGAGCUAUCAAAUGGGUACAAUAAGCAGCAGAUGGAACUAGCAAAAGAGAUGGAAUGGAAAAUGGGCAGAGCAAAUGCAAUGGUUAUGGAGCAGGAACAAACUGAGGAAGAUGAGGAGGAGCAGGAUAAUGCAAGGAGCAGAAGUGCAGAGGACAGAGGGCAGAGCGAUAUAAAUACAGGGCUCUUCCUGAGGGCUGCUGUCCGGCCAUUCACUUACAGGAAUCUUGUCAAGGAAAUUGUUCUGAUGAGACACCACAUUAUUGACGGAGAGAUAGUUUAGCUUCAAAAUGUUAGGAUGCUGUAUUAAUUGUUUCAGAGUUAGCCAUUUGACUGGAGAAAUGCAGAAAUUGCACGAAGAAGUUUAAGAAGCUCCUAAAAUGUCUUGGUUCUGUACAAUAUUAGGAUAUUUAGCUGUUGUUGCCAAUUUGGAAGUUGGGUUCUUAGGAAAUACUCAAGGCAUCAUGUAAUCUUUCCUCUUCAAAAUUUUUUAUGAGCCUUUCAGGAUAGAAGCUAUGAUAUUUCUGAUA